CUGGCGUCAGAACAAAACCAUGGUCAUUCAUGUAACAAGGGAGUAAAAAUUUUAAAAGUAAGCAGGGGAGAACUUGUAAUCUGUUUGUGCUGACCCCAGAAAGCUGAGCAAAGCAUCAUGAGCAGCCAUCAGACAGUAAAAAUCUUCAAGAAAUCUCCUAUCCCAGGAGUUGCUAUCACUCAGUUUGUAAAUGAUGUUCCACAGGGAUGCAGUACACCUGAUUUUGAGAAGAAACCACUCACUCUGACACUCCAGGAAGGUAAAAAUGCCAUUUUCAGAGCUGUGGUCAAAGGUGUCCCAGCUCCUGAGGUGAAAUGGUCGCGUACACGGAAGGGAAUGGAUGAUCCUGCCAAAUAUGAAAUGUCCUUCAAUAGUGCUACAAAUGAAUUCAUUCUGCAGAUCAAGAGCCUGGUUCUGGAUGACAGUGAUUUGUAUCGCUGCUGUGCUGUCAAUGCCUAUGGAGAGGCCUCGUGCUGUGCUGGCCUCAGGAUCAUCCAAGUUGGCUUUAAGAGGAAGGCAAAAUAUGUUCCUGUUCAUGCUGCUGAUGAGCUCAAGAAGACACUCCUGGACUCCAAGAAGCUGCUGAGGAAGAGGGUUGCAGCACCAAAACCAAAGCCCCUGGACAAAGAAGCUGUGUGGCAGCUGUUGCUGCAUGCAGAUAAGAGAGAUUAUGAAAAAAUCUGUAUGAAAUAUGGAAUUGUUGACUUCCGUGGGAUGCUAAGGAAGCUGCAGGAGAUGAGAAAGGACACAGAAACUGAACAAGAAAAGUUAAUUCACAGUCUCAAAAACUUUGAACACAUCAGAGUCAAUAAGGAGGGAAACGCUACAUUCAGCCUGGAGAUGGAGCUGAAAAACAGCAACAGCAAUGUUUACCUGCUCAAGGAUGGCGAGCGGCUCCGGUACGGGAUGGGGGAUGAGUACAGGAAGCACUGCCUGAGGAGAGUUGGCAGGAGGUACUACUUCACUGUCAAUGAUGUGCAGCCAGAGGAUGCAGGGGUGUACCAGGUCAGGGUGGAGGACGUCCCUGUCUUCUCAACUGAACUGGAUGCUCAAGCCAUCCCAGCGCGGUUCCGGCAGCCGCUCUCGGACGUGUGCUGUGCCGAGGCCGGGGAUGCUGAGUUCCAGUGUGUGCUGUGCACGCCCUGCCACAAGCCCCUGUGGCUGCACAAGAGCCACCCCCUUCAGGCCAGUGACAAGCACCAGAUGUCUGUGACACCCGAUGGCCUGACCCACAAGCUGAUUGUCAGGAACGUGGGGCCCUCGGACAGCGGGCUGUACACGCUCGACGUGGGACAGGGUUCCUCCAGCGCCUGGCUCCUCGUGGAGUAUGCCAAAGGAAAGAGGCAGCAGGAUGAAGGAGAAAAGACUGAAAGGGAGACAUCUGAGUGGCUGAAAGAAACAAUGGCAGACAAUGAAAGGGCGAGGAAGCUUCGGCGACAAGAGCAAGCUGCUGCUGAAGAUCGUCCUUCCUUUUCCACAUCAUCUGGUGUGGAGAAAAGUGGCUGGUACAGAACUGGUCAAGGCAGCAGCCGAGGCAGGGGCCAAGGACACUCCAUUGAUUCUGAUGAUGGAAUCCAAAGAUUUUUGGGAAAAGAGGGGCUACGCAAAACCCACAUAAAUGGAGAGGUGGUGUCUGGGCAAUUUUCUGGAGCAGGCCUAGAUGGAGAUUCAGCAGCCAAUGAUGGCAGCAUCUUUGGACUAAAAGGCUUAGAAGGCAGAAGCAGGUUAAGGCCUGUCCAUAGCAUGGACUCUGUGUCAGGCAGAGCAGGUCCUGGUGGUGCAGUAGGAGGGGCAGGUGAAUGGAAUUCUGUGGAUGGCAGAGGUGAGGGUGUGCUGGGUGCUGCUAAUACUGACAUGGAUGAUGGAGAAGGUCUGGGCUCUCAGCAUGAGAAGGACUUAAGUGAUGCCAGUUACAGAGCUGGUUUUGGGGGUGCUGGCAGUUCGGGUGCUGGAAGUUCUGUGCCAGAUGGGCUUGAUCCUGAUUCAACUGGAGUGGGAGCCAGUGUGGGUGAUCUGUCCCCCCACAGCAAGGAUGGGCAUCCCACUGUGGGUGAUAUGAAUGGAGCAGGUAUAAACAGAGAGGGACAAACAAGAACUGUCUAUGGCAAGAAUGGCCUGACGCCUCAUGCUAGUGGUCACUUAGGGCAGACAGGAAGAUCUGGCUCAUUGUGUGGGCCCCGAGGCCUUCCAGGUGGAGAUCAGGCUAUACCUGGUGCUGGUGGCAAUUCCAGAGGAGAAAUGGAGGCUUUCUAUGGUCCAGAUGGUCAGGCACUGGGAGCAGGUGAUGGUGUUAGUGGUGCAGGAGGAUUUGGAUCUCCAUAUGGAAAGGAUGGUCUCCCAGCUGGAGCAGGUGCUGGUGUUAGUGGUGCAGGGGGGGUUGGGGGUCCCUAUGGAAAGGAUGGUCUCCCAGGUGGAGCAGGUUUUGAUGGGGCUGGUGGUGCUGGUUCUCCCUAUGGAAAGAAUGGUCUCCCAGCAGGACCAGGUGCUGGUGGUGGUGGUAUUGCUGGUGCUGGUGCAGGAGGAUUUGAAUCUCCAUAUGGAAAGGAUGGUCUCCCAGCUGGAGCAGGUGUUGGUGUUAGUGGUGCAGGGGGGGUUGGGGGUCCUUAUGGAAAGGGUGGUCUCCCAGGUGUUGGGGGUGCUGGUGUAGGGGGAUUUGGAGCUCCCUAUGGAAAGGAUGGUCUCCCAGCCGGGGUUGGUUUUGGUGGUGUUGGUGCAGGGGGAUUUGGAGCUCCCUAUGGGAAGGAUGAUUUUCCCAUUGGAGCAGGUGUUGGUAGCGCUGGUGGUGCAGGAGGAGUUGGGGGUCCCUAUAAAAAUGAUGGUCUCCCAGUUGCAGCAGGUGUUGGUGGUGCUGGUGGUACAGGAGGAGUUGGGGCUCCCUAUGGAAAGGAUGGUCUCCCAGGUGGGGCUAGUGGUGCUGGUGCAGGAGGAUUUGGAGAGGCUUUGUAUGGUCCAGAUGGUCGGACACUUGGAGCAGGUGUUGGUGCUGUUGGUGCAGGGGGAUUUGGAUCUCCCUAUGGAAAGGAUCGUCUCCCAGUGGGAGCAGGUUUUGGUGGGGCUGGUGAUGCAGGGGGACUCAGAUCUCCCUAUGGAAAGGAUGGUCUCCCAGGUGGGGCUGCUGGUGCUGGUGUUGGUGGAGCUGGUUCUGCAAGUGCCAGGGGAAUUGGAGGUCCCUAUGGAAAGGAUGGUCUCCCAGUUGGAGCAGUUGUUAGUAGUGCAGGGGGAGUUGGGGGUCCCUAUGGAAAGGAUGGUUUCACAGCUGGAGCAGGUGCUGGUGGUGCAGGAGGAGCUGGGGGUCCCUAUGGAAAGGAUGGUCUCCCAGUUGGAGCGGGUGCUGGUGUUAGUGGUGCAGGAGGAGCUGGGGGUUCCUAUGGAAAGGAUGGUCUCCCAGUUGGAGCAGGUGCUGGUGUUAGUGGUGCAGGAGGAGCUGGGGGUCCCUAUGGAAAGGAUGGUCUCCCAGUUGGAGCAGGUGCUGGUGUUAGUGGUGCAGGAGGAGCUGGGGGUCCCUAUGGAAAGGAUGGUCUCCCAGUUGGAGCAGGUGCUGGUGUUAGUGGUGCAGGAGGAGCUGGGGGUCACUAUGGAAAGGAUGGUCUCCCAGUUGGAGCAGGUGCUGGUGUUAGUGGUGCAGGAGGAGCUGGGGGUCCCUAUGGAAAGGAUGGUCUCCCAGUUGGAGCGGGUGCUGGUGUUAGUGGUGCAGGAGGAGCUGGGGGUUCCUAUGGAAAGGAUGGUCUCCCAGUUGGAGCAGGUGCUGGUGUUAGUGGUGCAGGAGGAGCUGGGGGUUCCUAUGGAAAGGAUGGUCUCCCAGUUGGAGUGGGUGCUGGUGUUAGUGGUGCAGGAGGAGCUGGGGGUUCCUAUGGAAAGGAUGGUCUCCCAGUUGGAGCAGGUGCUGGUGUUAGUGGUGCAGGAGGAGCUGGGGGUCCCUAUGGAAAGGAUGGUCUCCCAGUUGGAGCAGGUGCUGGUGUUAGUGGUGCAGGAGGAGCUGGGGGUCCCUAUGGAAAGGAUGGUCUCCCAGUUGGAGCGGGUGCUGGUGUUAGUGGUGCAGGAGGAGCUGGGGGUUCCUAUGGAAAGGAUGGUCUCCCAGUUGGAGCGGGUGCUGGUGUUAGUGGUGCAGGAGGAGCUGGGGGUCCCUAUGGAAAGGAUGGUCUCCCAGUUGGAGCAGGUGCUGGUGUUAGUGGUGCAGGAGGAGCUGGGGGUUCCUAUGGAAAGGAUGGUCUCCCAGUUGGAGCAGGUGCUGGUGUUAGUGGUGCAGGAGGAGCUGGGGGUUCCUAUGGAAAGGAUGGUCUCCCAGUUGGAGUGGGUGCUGGUGUUAGUGGUGCAGGAGGAGCUGGGGGUUCCUAUGGAAAGGAUGGUCUCCCAGUUGGAGUGGGUGCUGGUGUUAGUGGUGCAGGAGGAGCUGGGGGUUCCUAUGGAAAGGAUGGUCUCCCAGUUGGAGUGGGUGCUGGUGUUAGUGGUGCAGGAGGAGCUGGGGGUUCCUAUGGAAAGGAUGGUCUCCCAGUUGGAGCAGGUGCUGGUGUUAGUGGUGCAGGAGGAGCUGGGGGUCCCUAUGGAAAGGAUGGUCUCCCAGUUGGAGCGGGUGCUGGUGUUAGUGGUGCAGGAGGAGCUGGGGGUCCCUAUGGAAAGGAUGGUCUCCUGGCUGGGGCUGUGGCAGGAGCUGCUCAUUUUUCUGUUGGAGGUCAGGAAGCAAUGGGAUCUGGCCGUGGCAUGGAUGCCAUGCUAAGUGGAGCUCCAGGAUAUGCAGGAGGAGAGGGCUUUUCUGGGGAAGGCUUUGCACUGUGGGGUGCAGGGUCUCUCUAUGACAAGGACAGAGGGUCAGCUGUAGCCAUGGCUGGUGCAGGUGGAGUUUGGGGAUCAGGAAGGAAUGAAUGGGACUCAGUCAGUGGUAAAGGAGGUGUGGGAGGUGCUGGUGGACCAGGUGGUGAAUAUGGCCUGGAUGCACAUCUUGGCAGAUCUUUGAGAGGUCAAACUGGAAAGAGCACUGCCAGUGAUGUCAGAGGACCAGGGAACAAAGGUUCAGCUGGUGACAGAGGGUCAGGUCCAGGAGGAGACAGGGGAGAGGGCCAAGAUUUCAGACAGUUGGGUUCCCUUUAUGGCACAAAUUCUGCCUUUGGAGGAGCAGGGAGUAAAUCCCAUGACAGAUCUGUUGAUGGGAGUAGUUCAGGUGGGUUUGGUGAAGGUCCACUGAGUUAUGGCCAGAUGUCAGGUCCUUGUGGUGGACCUCCUUCAGCAAACCAGAGAAAUGAGGAACCUGGCCUGGAUCUUAAAGCAAACAAUUUCCUGAACAACACAGAAAGCACAGGACAAAGGAGACGGAGUGUCCUGGAUGAUCUCAAAGUCCCGCGCUGUUACCUCAACAAGCAGCUGGCAACCGUGCGAGUGCUGAAGGGGGACCCAGCUGAACUGUCCUGCACUGUCAGCAAGGACAAUGUGACAGGAACCUGGUUUAAGGAUGGCCUAAAGUUAACAAGCAUGGAUGGAGUUGUCUUUGAAAAGAAAGGUCUUGUCCACAAACUGAUCAUUAACAAAGUGGAAGAUAUUCAUGCUGGGAAAUACAGGUUUGAAGGUGGAGAUGUAAAAACUGAAGCUUCAAUUUUUGUUGAAGAUCCUCCCCAGGUGGACAAAAUCCUGCUCAAGAACUUGACCAGUGUCCCCACGGUGGCCAAGGCUGGGGAGGGAUUGAAGCUGCGGAUCCCAUUUGAGGGUCGGGGGCCCAUCAGGGCAGCGUGGCUGAAGGACAGGAUGGAGCUAGGGGAUGACACUAGGAUCCGUGUGGACAAGACAGACACCUGCACCAUGCUGUCCAUCUCCAGCUGUGACAGGAGGGACUGUGGGGAUUACAAAGUCAGGCUCAAGAAUGACAGUGGUGUCCUGGAGAUCAACCUAAAACUCAUGGUGAUAGACAAGCCACAACCUCCAGCAGGACCCAUCAAAACUGUGGAAAGAUCUGCUAACAACAUCACGAUCCAGUGGAAGCCCCCAGAGGAUGAUGGGGGCAAACCAGUGCAAAGGUAUCUCGUGGAGAGGCAGCAGGUGGGCAGGAACGACUGGGAGACUUUGGGAGAAACCCCCAGGAGCUGCACCAGCUUCACCACAAGCAAAGUGGAGGAAGAGAUGAGCUACUACUUCAGGGUGAGGGCUGUGAAUGCUGAGGGAGUGAGCGAUGCGCUGGAAUCAGAGGAAGUGAAGGCUGCUGGUAAAGCUUCCCCUGGUGCCCCAGAUGCCCCCGAGAUCAUCAGUACCAGCAGGGACACCAUUACCAUAUCCUGGAAAGCUCCUUGUAAAACUGGUGCUUCCCAAAUUACGGGAUACAUUGUUCAGAAACGCAAGAAGGGCACUGUGACCUGGCUGCCAGUCACCAACGUGCCUGUCAAAGACAAGAAGCUGAAGGUCACCAGCCUGAAGAAGGGUGUGCAGUACGAGUUCCGCGUGGCAGCUGUCAAUGCUGCUGGCACGGGACAGCCCAGUGACCCCUCCGAGCCCGCAUUUGCCCGGGACCCCACCAAAUCUCCAGGCCAAGUGCAGGACCUUAAAGUGAGCAGCAGUGACAGCACCAGUGUCACCUUGACAUGGAACAAACCUGAAGUACAAGAUGGGAAUGAUGUGAAAGGCUACGAGGUGGAGAUGAGGCCCUGUAACAGCCUUAGCUGGACCAAGUGCUUCACUCUCCCUGCAGAGAGCACCUCGUGCAGGGUCCAGGGCCUCCAGGCCAGGGAAAAGCUGUUCCUGCGCGUCAGGGCCCUCAGUGACGGUGGCCCCGGGGAGCCCUCGGAGCUCAAGGCUUGUGCUGGAGCUGCUGCUGCCGUGGUCUCUCCUAGGUUACUGAUAGAUGACACAGUGAAAAGCUUCCUGGUUAUAAAAGCAGGGAAUCCCAUCCGGGUGAAGAUUCCCUUUGAGGGAUCUCCUGAGCUGGUGGUGACCUGGUUAAAGGAUGGGCUCCCCCUUCCCAGCCAGGCUGUUGUGAGCACCGAGGAUGGAAGCACCCAGCUGCUGAUCAGGGCAGCCGAGUUCAGUGACAGUGGCACCUACACUGUGGAGCUUGGGGAUGAGCUGGGGAAAAGGGAAACCUUCAGCUUCCAGGUUCAAAUUGCAGAUAUCCCUCAGCCCCCUGGAGCCAUCCGGCUGGAGGAGAAUGUUCCCAACACAGUCACAGUGACCUGGGACCCCUCAGCAUCCGAGCAGUGGGAGAAGAACCUGUAUUACACAGUCCUGAAACGGGAAUCCCAGAAGGGUCUGUGGCAUGUGCUGGGGGACCUGAUCUACAACAACAAGUUCACCUUCACCAGGGUCGUCCCAGGCAGGGAUUAUUACUUCAGGGUUGUGGCAAAAAAUAACCUGGGAGCCAGUGAUCCAUCAGAUACUGUGCAGCCCUGGAGGAUCUGGAAAAAAAAGGCUGAAUUUCGAGUGAAAGCACAGAAAUACAGGGGAAUUAACCAGAACCAGCACCCGAGGUUCCUGGUGCCACUUAAGUCCCACGUGGUGGUGACAGGCAGUGAGUGUCACAUGAGCUGCGCCGUUGGAGGCCAUCCUCCCCCAAAAAUCACAUGGUAUAAGGACAGCAGAGACCUCUCCAGAGAUCCCAACUACUUCUGCACCAACGACUUUGGAGUGUGCUCCCUGGUGGUGCUGGGGGUCACCAAGCAGGAUGCAGGGGAGUACAUGGUGGAAGCCAGCAAUGAAGUGGGUCGUGCCUACAGCAAAGCCUUCCUCACCAUCAAAGACUCCUCUCUGUAGCGUGGCCCUGCUG